UUGGUUAUUGACAAAGUCCAAAUACGGAUUCAAAUAAUAAGGUUGUUACAAGAGGAAGUUCUGAAAGAAAUAAAAGUCUCAUAAACUCGAGCUUGAAAUCAAAUGAUUGGUUUCAAAGAGAAGUCGCAUCAUGGACCGCCUUCAACAGAAGAUCGUUCAUGACUUGAUAUCUGACCGCACAGUGACUUGUAAAUAUUCAAUGGGGUAAGAGAUAGUUCAAUGAAACGGUAUUUAUUUCAUGAUCGUGUUUUUCAAAGGAUACUAAACCCAUCCCAAAACAAAACACAUCUCUGUCUGGCUUUUACCUUUCUCUUUAAGUUUGGCCGUAGACGAUUUUUCAUGCACCAUGCAAGUACACAUUACAGCUUUCCUCCUUCCAUACCUGCUUCAAAGACCUCAGGAUUUAAUCGUGAACAACAACCCCUAUUUGGAUUGGUCUCUCCCUGUUUUGGCAGUGAACAUAUUUCAAGUAUAGGCCGGUAGUAAGUGGAUCAUCAGGAUGUCGGCUUCAUCUGUCAAUCAUUCAACGAAAGCAUCUGUAGAUUCAUUAUGGGAGCAUCGGGAAGUGCGAUUUGACAUCCUGGUUUCACAAAUGAAAAUGCGGCCCGGUGAAAUAUUGAUCGACAAAUUGGACUCUGUGGAAGAUACCAAGGGUAAUGCUGGUGAUCGAGGUAGAAUCCUGGUCACCAAUCUUAGGGCCGUCUGGCAUUCGCAAAGCAUGCCUCGAGUCAGCUUAUCCAUCGGAUACAAUUGUGUACUAAAUAUCACCACUAAGAUCGUGAAUUCAAAGCUCCGAGGUUUUGCAGAGGCUCUUUAUAUCCUAACCAAAUGCAACAAUACCCGAUUUGAGUUCAUCUUUACUAAUCUAGUCCCUGGCAAUUCGCGCCUUUUCACGUCAGUUAUCGGUGUCUACAAAGCCUACAACUCGUCCAAAUUGUACAGGGAAUUGAAGUUGCGAGGUGCAAUUCUCCAAGACCACCAACUCAAGGUUUUGCCCCAAGAAAGCAUCGUGAAUGUCAUUGACGGUGUUUGGAAUCUGUCGAGUGACCAAGGGAACUUGGGCUUGUUUGUCAUUACGAAUGUCCGUGUGGUUUGGUAUGCCAAGAUGAACGAGCUGUUUAACAUUUCCAUUCCAUAUCUACACAUUGCUUCGGUUCGCUUGAGGGACUCUAAAUUUGGAACAGCUCUCGUAAUCGAUAGUAGCGAGUUGAGUGGGGGUUAUGUGUUAGGAUUUCGAAUUGAUCCCCCUGAAAAGUUGCAAGAGACCUUCAAGGAAAUUCAAUCGAUGCAUAAGAUCUACUCUUCCUCGCCAAUCUUCGGGGUCGAAUAUUCCAAAGCUGAAGAGUCUCGCUUUGAUGAGGAGGACAACGAUGGUGAAGAUCAGCCAAUGUCAACCACCCAAGUCAUGGAUGAUGUGGAUGAGAUCGAUCCCGAUCACCCCGACUCUCACGAUGUGUUUACGGCCUAUCUGGCCGAAGGCGGGUUUGAGAGUCAAGACCGCCCUCCCGAGUACAAUCCAGACUUGGGACUGUGCAUGGAGAAGCUUAAAGACGGAUACACGUUGGAAGGUCUUUGGCAAGUCUUACCCCCUGAAGUGGGCAAGCGGGCACUAAAUGGCAAUACUCUAUAACAGUUUCCAUGAUCUUGAUUGUGCGAUGGCUGAAAAUGACUCUGAGCAAAUUACAUUGUGUUCCUGUGCAACGCA